AUUUGACCAAUGGAAUGACCGCCGACUACUUACAGCACAUGAAGUUUACACGUCAGAAGAUUCCAAAUUGCAGAUUUCAUUCGCCGGACUCCAACCACGACGUGACUACAUCGAACUUCCAGGAAUGAAGGGGAGUGUUGUGGUAAAUGAAGUUUCGCAUUCCUGCAAGUUCCGUUUUCAGUGUAGUUAGCAGUAUCGAGUUUCUCAGUAAGUAAACAGGUCCGAGUGCUGAUGUCAGCAAAGCAUCGUGGGUCUCGGCAUGACGUCAGCAUACUGCUUCAGUUACGCGAUUAGGCGUAACGAACCGUUUCAGUCACGCGAACAGUCGCGGCCCUAUAGUAUGACGAAUAGUCUACCAUUCCAGCAAAGAUCCUUGGUUAAGUACUCGUGUUUGUAGAUUCUAUACUUAGUCUACUACAACACCAGACGUUUUAUUUCAUGGUAUGAGAGCUAUCUGGAAUUAAGACUACCGUCAACUAUGACUGGUUCAUCACCAGCACCAUCUGCUGGAUCAGUUACUGGGACUACUGGAGCACAUGUCUCCACUACUGCCACUGGUCUCUCAGCCUCUGGGCCAUUACCACCAGCCUACGCUAAUAUCGGUAUGCAACAGCAGAAUCCACCUUCUGUCAAUACUCCAGGUGCUCCAUCGACUGCACCUGCAGCGCAACAGCAACAAUCACAGACAUCAGCACAUCAACAAGCGUCGGUACAGCCACCAGUUUCAACGCAAUCGAUUUCAUCUGCGUUCAGUGGAAUGAGCCUUGACGGCUCAAUACAGCAACAGCAACAGCAACAAUAGCAGCAACAACAACAACAACAACAGCAACAGCAACAGCAACAACAGCAACAGCACGGCAUUGUUUUUCAGCCUCCAAAUUUACUUAACAAUACUCAGAUCAAGACAACCGUACCUUUUAAUGGUGUUGACUUCUACUCCUGGAGCUUUGAGUUUGAGCUUCUGGCGCAGUCCGCUGGGCUAUGGCCGUUCUUCACUGGCGAGUUUACGUAUCCUGUCGUGGGAACACAAGUGGAGCAGCAGAGUUUCUUGCACGCCUCUCUCGGGGCAUAUACAGUUCUUGUACGGAACCUGUCGCCGAAGGAGCAGCUCGGCGUCCGAUCUUUUCACUCAAGUUUUACACCAGCCGAAACUGCAUGGAAUUAUCGAAAGGGGUAUACAUGGCAAAGGAUACGAUAACAGUGAGUAAAAUACUUUCGCAGCUGACAAGUGUGCAGAUGAUGACAAACGAAAAUGUCAUGGACUACGUUAACCGUGUCCGUACACUACGCGAUCAACUGGAGAAAAGUGGAGGAUACUUCCCUCGUGAGAUGUAUCUCACGGUCCUUCUUGCUGGCCUUGGACCCGAAUGGCGACAGAUGCGCGCCUUCCUGCGUAUGAACCCAAACCUCUCCGAAGCUGAAAUUUCGUCGUAUCUUCAAGCAGAACAGCAAGAUCUUGACCUGCAGUUACAACGCAACAAAAAGAGGGAUAUACAACUCAGUUUCUAUUCAACAGCAACUCGACGUCCUCGACACUUGUGUCAAAUUUGCAACAAGGGAGGACAUUCUACCGACCGAUGCUAUUUUAACAAGAAGUAUUUACCUCAUGAAGAAUCGCAGAGGACGCAAUCAUCACAGCAACUACGACAGCCUUCGAAGCAGUUUUUGCAGAAUCCUACGCCUCCAAAAUCAGCAUCUGCAAUAUCAACACCACCAACGACACUCAGUUCUGCCCCUCCAAGCAACUCAUCAAAGCCGACAGCCACUACUUCAAACUCUGCCACUAAUACGGUAACUUCAAAUUUUCGUUUACCUACUUCAUCCACUCACAUGGUCAAUUGCAGUACAGAUACUGAUACUUGGUACUUGGAUAGUUGUUGUGGCCAUCAUAUGGUCUCUUCAACCAAUCCUUUCAUCUACAACCGUCGUCGACUUCUUCAACCCUGCCCAAUCACACUCGCCAACGGUCAAACAAUUUCAGCAGAAAAUAUCGGCAAAGAAAAUCCGCACGGUCGGAAACUGCACGACACAGGAGCAAGAGUUAAUACAUGAUGUGGACAACACGUACAUCGGAAGAGCAGCAACAAAAAAUGGCGUAUUCGUCUUACGCUUCAAGGCUGCAAAAUCUUCCGAAGAUGUCACUCUCCCUCAAGCUCCUUCAAUCAUUGCAGCAGCCGCUUUGGUAACCGUUCCACCGAUUGAACUCAGCCGCAGCGAAGAAGAAACUCCUAGUAGCAGCCCCACCGACACACCUGCCGUUAAUAUCAAGAAAGAUAUUAGUCACGAAUACGAAGAAAUUCUGCAACUCGCACCUGAAAAUCUCUUCGACGCGACAACUACUCUCGACAAGCCUUCAGAUACGUCUUCAACUACCAGUAUCUCAGAAAAAGGUUAUGCACUCUCAAGGUUUCUCCUACCUUCAUAUUUCAUGCUCUUGAUUCUUGCUUGGCUGGCCAUAGCAGCAAGCGAGCUCCGUACCCCGCUGCAAACUUUCCUACACUACAGAGAAGCCGCUUACCAGACUACGACUUCCACCGUCUACGAGCAAGGCACGGGCCUCAACUGCUACCAAACCCCUCGUCAUCGCGUUCAACAAUGCAAUGAAGCAGAAGGGUUGAACAGGACCCUACACGAGCUACGUGAGCAGCUGCGUGCACUGCUGACUCAACAAAUUUCUCUGCCCGUCACUUCACGAUUCUCUGUCAAGCCUCCGGAUGUUGUCGAGGCUCCUCUCCACUACGUGCAACACUCUCGUGGUUUUGCAUUCGUCCCCUUUGGCCUUGCCACGUUCAUUGGCGCAACCCCAACCACUUUCAACCCGACUCAUUUUUACUCUGCCGAAGUGAGGGGGGGAAGGAGGAUCUACACGCACUUCGUCAAAGCCAAAAUUCGUCAUCAACAAGGGAAGCACGCGAUUGGUCUACCAUUUGACCAAUGGAAUGACCGCCGACUACUUACAGCACAUGAAGUUUACACGUCAGAAGAUUCCAAAUUGCAGAUUUCAUUCGCCGGACUCCAACCACGACGUGACUACAUCGAACUUCCAGGAAUGAAGGGGAGUGUUGUGGUAAAUGAAGUUUCGCAUUCCUG